UGCAGCCUGCGAGCUACAGGUCACUCGCUGGACAGCUGUCGCGGCACCAAAUGCGCCUCGCCCGCUAAGCCCGGCGAGGAACGCGCCGAGCAGGUGCAGCGCCGGUGACUCCGGGCAGCGCCCUCGCCUCCCCCCAGGCUGCGGUCCCGGCUGCUGCGCAUGUGUGUUGUUCCCUCCAGUUCCGUGCUGUCCCCGCCAUGGCUCGGUGCUGGCCCGGCCUGCUGGCGCGCGGGGAGUGGGGCAAGUGGCGCUCUGGGCUGUCCGGCCCCGCUCGGUCCCAGCUGCGGGCGGGCAGCUCGAGCCGCGCCCCUGGAGCCGCCGGGGAAGGAGCCCACUUGCUGUACUCGCGGGAGCAUUACGCCUUGAGGGCGUCUCUGCGAAAGAUUAUUGAGAAGGAGAUUAACCCAUUUGUGGACAAAUGGGAAGAAGAAGGACAGUUUCCAGCACACAAAGUAUUUAAAACUCUAGGACAAGCUGGAUUCCUUGGAGUUAACAAACCAACAGAAUAUGGCGGCAUGGGCUUGGACUUCUCCUAUAGCAUUGCAGUGGCAGAGGAACUGGGAAAUAUCCGCUGUGGAGGGGUUCCUAUGGCUAUUGGAGUGCAAACUGACAUGGCUACACCAGCUCUAACAAGAUUUGGUUCUGAUGAGCUGAAACAACAGUUCCUUGUACCAACUAUAGCUGGAGAAGUAGUGGCUUGUUUAGGAGUCAGUGAACCUGGAGCAGGGUCAGAUGUUGCAAGUAUCAAAACAACAGCAGUAAGAAAAGGCGAUGACUAUGUCAUAAAUGGUGGCAAAAUGUGGAUUACUUCAGGAUGUCAAGCUGACUGGAUGUGCCUGCUGGCAAAUUCCAGUGAAGGACCCCCCCACCAAAAUAAAUCUCUUAUAUGUCUACCAAUGAACCUACCUGGUGUUCACAUUGCUAAAAAGAUAGACAAGAUGGGUAUGAGGUCAUCAGACACAGCACAGAUCUUUUUUGAAGAUGUCAGAGUUCCCAGCAAAUACCUCAUUGGGGAAGAAGGAAUGGGCUUUACAUACCAGAUGUUGCAAUUCCAAGAAGAGCGUUUAUGGGCAGUAGCCAACAUCCUGGCACCAAUGGAAAAUGUGAUACAAGAAACUAUUGACUAUACUCGCCAACGGAAAAUAUACAACCAGCCAGUACUGCAUAACCAAACAGUGCACUUUCGCCUGGCAGAAUUAGCAACUGAGGUGGAACUUGUUCGCUCUCUGCUGUACCAGGCUGUUGUGCUCUAUAUAAGAGGAAAUGAUGUGACCAAAUUUGCUUCAAUGGCUAAACUAAAGGCAGGUCGUCUAGCCCGUGAGCUGAGUGAUAAUUGCCUCCAGUUCUGGGGAGGAAUGGGAUUCACCAAUGAGGUGCUAGUGAGCAGACUUUACAGAGACUCAAGAUUACUGUCAAUAGGAGCUGGUGCAGAUGAAGUCAUGCUUUCCAUUAUAUGCAAAUAUAUGGAAACUCUUCCACAAAAGAAGUAACACCCAGCAACAGUUACAUUUCUUUAUUGAAAAUUCAUGAGAGAGAUACAGUAUAUUGAUUACAUACUGAAAGAAUAAGCAAUAUAUCUAAGGUGAUUAAGUGAAAUUUUCUAGCAUUUAUGCCAAUGACCUACUACUUAGUGCCUUUGUAUACAAAAUUUCUUGUACCAUAACUUUUAAAUUAAAUAUUGAAAUUAAAAGGAAGUAAUCUGAAAA